CUUUACACUCUAAAGUCUAACCCUAAUCCUUAUUACAAUUUUUACAUCUCUUGUUCUCUCUUUAAUUUUUAUCAUCCAUUCCACAUUUAAGUGAAAAAGUACGAAUUGCCACACACAAUAUCGAAAUUACGUCAUAAAAUCAUCUCCCCUCCAAAUUGAGCAACAAAUAAAAAGAGUAAGCUAAACGAAUUUGCAGGCAAACAAAGCUUCUUCGACAAAUUUUCAUAUAUAACUCUUCCAUAAAUUUCAAGAUGGCGAGAUGGGAUGAGAUAUUAUCACUCCCAGUACAAAGUCCUCCAACAAUGGAGUUUAGUGCUUGUGAUAUAGUUUGGUCUAAAGUGGAAGGAUGGAGGGAUAAUAUAGAUAGAGUUGCUUUAAUUCCAUUUGCUAGGGUUAAUGAUUUUAUUAGGGGUGAAUCCUCAAACAAAGAUUGCCCAACUGGGUUUCAUGUUGAAGCGAGGCGGCAUCGCCGUGCUAAGGCAUCAUACAAAGUGAAGGUUGAUGGUGUUCUUGAAUAUAUCUUGUACUGGUGCUCUUUUGGGCCAGAUGACCUUAGGAAAGGUGGAAUUGUACGGCCAAGUAGAAACACGUACAUCCCAAAGAAGAAAUCUGCUGGACGUCCUAAUACAAAGAGGGGUUGCACCUGUCACUUUAUUGUCAAACGACUAAUUGUUCGGCCUUCUGUGGCACUUAUUAUAUAUAAUCAGGAUAAACAUGUUGAUAAGAAUGGAUUGCCCUGUCAUGGUCCACAAGAUAAGAAGGCUGUUGGAACUCGUGCUAUGUAUGCUCCAUACAUCUCUGAGGAUCUUCGCCUGCGUGUUCACUCUUUGUUAUAUGUUGGUGUAUCUGUGGAGACCAUAAUGCAGAGACACAAUGAAUCAGUAGAAAAACAGGGGGGUCCUUUUAAUCGUGAUGAUCUUCUGACACAUAGGUUUGUGAGAAGACAAGAGAAAAGGUUAAGACGAACCAAGUAUGAGCUAGAUGCUGAUGAUGCUGUCAGCCUUCGCCUGUGGGUGGAAAGUCAUCCAACAUGUGUUUUCUUCUAUAAGGACUUCUCGGAGUCUGGCCCAUUUACAAUUGGAAUUCAAACUGAGUGGCAGUUGCAGCAAAUGAUUCGAUUUGGUAAUUGUGGUCUUCUCGCUUCUGACUCGAGAUUUGGAACAAACAAAUUUAAGUAUCCGGUCCACAGUCUUCUUGUGUUCAAUUCAGAGAACAAGGCUAUUCCAGUAGCUUGGGUGAUUUCCCCAAGGUUUUCAGGAAGGGACUUGUAUAAAUGGAUGAGGGCUCUUCACAACAGGGUUUUGACAAAAGAUCCCGCGUGGAAGUUGGCUGGGUUUAUUAUAGAUGAUCCUUUAACCGACAUUAACGCGACUAGGGAUGUAUUUGAGUGCUCUGUGCUGAUAUCAAUGUGGCGUGUUCGUCAUGCGUGGCAUAAAGCCUUAAUGGAGAGGUGUUCUCAAAACGAAAUGCGAAUUCAAAUAUCAAAACGGCUCGGGCAAGUUGUGUCAGAGAUAUGCACUGGACAAGGAAAUGUGACUUUGUUUGAUGAUUUUAUGAAAGAUUAUGUGGAUAACUCAGAGUUUGUGGAAUACUUCAAAGCUGUGUGGUACCCCAGAAUUGGGUCUUGGGCUACCUGUUUGGAAACCCUUCCUCUUGCCACCCAGGAGACAAGUGCGACGAUUGAAUUUUAUCACCGUCAGAUGAAUGUUAGAGUAUUAAAUGAGAAAGAUUCUAGUGUAUAUCAACGUGUAGAUUGGUUGGUAGACAAGUUGGCCACAAAAGUACACUCUUUCUUUUGGCUUGAUGAGUACCCAGCAAAGCAUGAUUUUGCCCGAUACUGGAGAGAUGAGUGGAUGGAUGGAUUAACAUCUUGGCGCAGUUCAUUGGAAAUCCCUGACUCUGAUGUCAUUCUGGAAGGUCCACGAGCGAAAGUUAUAGACCCACAAGAUCGCGACAAGUUCUAUGUGGUAUCAAACCCUGGUUCUGAAUUUUCUAUUUGCGACUGCACUUUAUCAGAAGGGGGUAAUUUGUGUGAGCAUGUUUGUAAGGUUAGCUUCGUAUGCCGCAAAAAAGAAUCUUCUAAACCUUCUGUCAGUUUGUACCAGUAUAAGCGAGCAUUGAUCAAAAUGCUUUGUUGCAUGUCUCAUGAUUCUUUGAUUCGUGAUCAUGCUGUUUCCCUCAUGGCUUCUUUACAGACGCAGCUAAAUGCGUUAGCAGAUUUUGACAGUAACGAGAGAAUGAUCAAUGAGAUUGAGCAACAAGCAGCAUUCUCAAUGUCUUCUCUUAUUGACAAUAGUUUGGACAUUGUUGAACAAGGUCAGGUUAGGAAUCUAAGCAAUGGUGAUGCAAGGUUGCUAAACAAUGGGGUAGGUGAAAAAGGUACAAGUAAUGAGAGUGCAUUCCAUGAUGAAAUGGAGAUUGACCCGUCAUCCAUCUGUAUCUCGCCUUCUGGCUUAUUUGCCAUGCACGGAGUUCUACCUGCUGAUAUUCUGUCGGUAAAUGAGGACAAAACUCUUCUUACAGAUUUCCAUGAUGUGAAUGGGAAUGAUACUUUCCAUGAUGGUGACAUCUCAAAUCAAAUUUGUCCGGAAGAUAUGACAGAAGAAUCUCUAUCUAUAGAUACAGCUCCUUCUGCAGAAUCCCGUGAUCCGUGUUCGGUUACCAAUCGGUAUUAUGAUUGCGGAGAUAAGAUUGCUGAAACAGUUGAUUCUAUUGAUGAUAACACUGCUCUUAAGUUCUAUAGGAGAUCAAAAUCUUCAACGAAAGCCGGUCCUCAUCCAGCAAAGAAACAGAAAACCAAAGAUAAAGAGGGGGAGAUGAAGAAGGGGACAGAUGGGAAGAUUUAAAGAGACGAUGGUAAUGCAGUUGAAAGUCUUUCUUCCUGCACUACAAAUACAUCUUUGAGACAUGAAACUGGAGGAUAGUAUGUAGAUUGUGGAAAAAUAUGCUGAAAGGUGUUGUGGUGACUUGGUUUUAGGCAUUAACAUCAACAAAGACAGUGGAAUCAGAACUGCUGUGUAUACUCCCUGAAGCUAAAGAAAAGGGAGUUGUAAAUUGGACAAUGCUAAUAGUUUCGCCUCCAGUGUGAAUGGGUUUGCAAGAAUAACAUUAGCAGGUGACAUUGUUGCAUCUUCCUUGGGCAAAGAGAUUUAGAUUAUUGAUAAGAAGAACCAUGACAAUGAAAUAGGAGAUGAUACGCUCUCAAUCUGAGGUUCCACACUUAUUGGUGAUAUUCCAAGGUCAUAACCCAUAUCUAUUAGUAGAUGAUACCCCGAGGGCAUAUCUGUCAUCAGAUGAUAUCCCGAGGGCAUAUUUAUUGAAGCUGGGGUUGGCCAUUGGGGCUAUAGUCGCUAUACCCUCUUGAGGAUGGAGGACACUUUUCUUUCAUGUUCAUGCUCGUAAGUCGUAUACGGCUAUGGCUACAGCAACUGAAGUAAUGAAGAAUUAUUUUUAUUGCCUCAGUAUUUAUGUGGGUAUUUCCAAUUGCUAUGAGAGGUUGCAUUUGCACUUUUGCUGUUAGCAGAAAGGAUAGAAGGGGAAGGAAAAUUGAUGGAAGUGUGCAUUUGCACUUUUGCAGUUAUCAGGAUAGAAGAGGAAAGUUUGAUGGAAGUGGGAAAAAGAUAGAUGUAAUUUUAAAAUAGGGUAUUGUCAAUUUGUCAUUAUAUAUAGUUAUAUUUUUUUUAAAAAAAUGAAAUGUAUUUUAUUAAUAUUCAAUCGUCAUCAUUUUUGUAAUAUGCAAUAAAUGAUUUUAAGGUGCAAGAAGUGCAUUGGUAAAAUGCAAAAAAAAUGGGUGAAGUAUUUAGCUUUAAAGGAAGUAAUUUACAAUUAUCGGUCAAUUUGUGCUGAUAAAGUAUUGUUUAAUAUCGUUAUAUAAUCGUGUAUUUAGAGAAGCUUUACAUGUAAUCUAACACUUGCAUAAAAGUAUGGGUCAAUUUUACGAUUAUUUGCUCUGA